CGCUACAAACACGAAAAGAACACCUCUCUCUCUCUCUCUCUCAAAUACUAAAAAAAAACCCAACUUUCUUUCUUUCCAUUGCAUGAUAAUAUCUGACUCCACCAUAUACAGGAGAGGGACUACCAAAAGAUCUUCCACCUUUUCUGUACUACUGCACUCUACUUUCCACGACCCACAACCUGUUUUUCAGGCCAUGGAGCCGCUGGAGCACCCAUCACCGAUGAACCACUUAGCUGCAGGCGACGAUCAUCCCAAGCCGACCGAAGAAUUCCAAGCUGCCCAGAAGCUGAUCAUGCGCUGGGACUCAUCGGCAUCGGAGGAGGCGAGGGAGCGAAUGAUAUUCGAAGGCGGCGAUCGUCGUGAGAAAGAGCAGUACCUACGCGCUGUCGAUGAGAUCCGCCGCUCGAUGGAUUCGGUGACUGUAACGGACAGUGAUCCAGCCAACGCGAUCCAGAUCGCCAUGGCCCGCCUUGAGGAUGAAUUCCGCAACAUUUUGAUUAAUCACAGCAAUCCAGUCGAGUCCGACGCGCUCGUCGAUCCGAAUUCAUCUGUUUCGUCGAGCGUUCGGUCUGAAAACGCCACGGAAUUAGACGAUGACGAUGACGAUGACUACCACGACGAUGGCGAUGUUGGGGUCCACAAGGACGAAGAAGAGCAGGAAGGCUGUGGGAACAGCGCCAGCUACAGAUCGGCGACUAGCUUCCGUGAGAUCGAUAUGAUCCCAUCAGAUGCGAUCUUCGAUCUGCACUGCAUCGCUGAGAGGAUGAUCGCCGCCGGGUACUUGCGCGAGUGCAUCCAAGUAUACGGAAGCGUCCGUAAAUCGAUCGUCGAUGCUAGUUUGCGCCAGCUGGGAAUCGAGAAGCUGAGCAUCGGCGAUGUCCAGCGGCUGGAGUGGGACGCGUUGGAGACGAAGAUCAGGAGGUGGAUUCGAGCGGCGAAGGUCUGUGUCAGGAUCCUCUUUGCCAGCGAGAAGCGGCUCUGCGAGCGGAUAUUCGAUGGCCUGAGCUCAGACGCCGACGACGCUUGCUUCAUGGAGACGGUGAAAGGGGCUGCUAUCCAGCUCUUCAAUUUUGCUGAGGCAAUCAGUAUCAGUCGCCGGUCACCGGAGAAGCUCUUCAAGAUACUCGAUCUCCAUGAUGCUCUGUCCGAUCUCCUACCGGACAUCGAGGCCGUGUUCCGGUCAGCUGAAUCCGUCCGCAUCCAGGCUUCUGAGAUCCUCUCCCGCCUCGCCGAGGCGGCCCGGGGGGUCCUCUCUGAGUUCGAGAAUGCGGUGCAACGUGAGCCGUCGAAGAUUCCGGUCCCCGGCGGGACCAUCCACCCACUGACUCGAUACGUGAUGAAUUACAUCAGUCUCAUAUCUGAUUACAAGCAGACCUUGAUUGAGCUGAUCAUCGCAAGGCCGUCAUCUGGCCCACGGUUCUCCGGCGAUCCGGCGCCUGAUAUGGAUAUCCCCGAAUCAGAGGACCGAUCUCCACUCGCCCACCACAUGAUCUGGAUCAUCAUAGUCCUACAAUUCAAUCUGGAUGGGAAGUCAAAACUCUACAAGGACACCGCUCUGUCCCACCUCUUCCUGAUGAACAAUGUGCAUUACAUAGUCCAGAAGGCGAAGGGGUCAGCUGAGCUACGCGAGCUGAUCGGCGACAGCUACCUGAAGAAGCUCACGGGGAAGUUCCGGCAAUCGGCGACCAGCUAUCAAAGAGCGACGUGGGUCCGGAUCCUGUACUGCCUGCGGGAUGAAGGAAUUCACGUGAGUGGCGGAUUCUCAUCUGGGGUGUCGAAGACGGCAUUGAGGGAGCGGUUCAAGACCUUCAAUUCUGCAUUCGAAGAUGCCCACCGGGUCCAGACGACAUGGUUCGUGCCAGACCCGCAGCUGAGGGAGGAGCUAAGGAUAUCAAUUGCAGAGAAGCUGCUGCCAGCCUACCGGUCAUUCCUAGGCCGGUUCCGGCACCACCUAGAGAGCGGUCGGCAUUCUGAAAUGUACAUCAAGUACUCCGUGGAGGAUCUUGAAUCCGCUCUGUUGGAUUUCUUCGAAGGAUGCGCUGUUUCGGUACACAUAAGGCGGAAAUCCCAUUGAAGGAAUGAUAUUGUAGUGUUCGAGUGUUAGGGAGAGUAGGCAAUAUUCUUUGAAUUUUUGAGGGAGUAUUCAGGUGAUGGGCGCCGGCAGCGAUCGGGUUUUGGGUUUUCGACCUCAUCUUCUUCAAGUGCCUGAUUGGAGAAUGAUAGAACGAUUGGUGGAGCUGGGUGGAGCUGCAGAGUCGGCAGGGGCCGUGCUUGUGUACUUCUGUCCUCGAAAUCUGGAAGCUUUUCAAAAAAAAACAAACAAACAAACAAACAGAUCAGUUACUAUGUAGCGCAGGCAUUGAAGACAAGCACAAUAAGCUUGGGCAUUGAACACAAACACAAUAUGGUCAUCAAGAACACCAGAGCAAAGAAAAUGAGGAAAUUUUCGUUUGGGUCUUUCGAAUUCCUUGUCAAUGUUCGCUGAACGUGCUGUGCCGAAUUUGCAUUAGAUAUAGUGAUUGUAAGACUAUGGAAUGUCGAAAUUCCUCCUACACAUUUCCCAAACUACCAUCAUUGCCUAGUGCUGGUUUUAGCUGAUGUUAGAUUCUAUGAUACCUAGAUAUGGAUAUGAUUCAAUGGGUUACAGCCUUUUCUUGUGAAUCCUGACAAUCCUGACAUUGCAAGGUGGAAUGAGAGAACAGGAUUCAUGUAGCCAACUCAAGUAGUCGGGACACAGCUUAGAUGAUGAUGAUGAUGAACAGGUCAUCGUACAGAUAAGUGGUCCACUAAUGGGCGGUCCAUGGGCCAUAGGAGGUAGACAUAUCAACUACCUGCUACCAAUCAGUAUACUAAUCGCUUGCAAACCAACAAGCAUCAUCUCACCACUCUCUAAUGCAUGUAUACACAACCACUGAACUUUAAGAAGCAUGCAGUGUAAGCUAUGAACUUUAUAGAUAUCAAGACAAUUGUAUUUCAAUCACACAACAUCAGAUUAGGGAAUUCAAAUGAAGGUAUUCAUAUGAAUGAACAGAGAUCCCAUUGGAAAAUAAAAAUAAAAAAAAUCAACUUCCCCCUCCA